AUGUCCAGCCCAGGGCUCCUGCUCCUCCUGCUCUUGUUGCUGUCACCCCGGCCACUGCAGCCCUCCUUGCUGCCACCGCCGGACACCCCAGAGGGCAAGGCCACCAUCACGGGCCUCAUCCUCUCUGCGCUGGAGAGAGCCACGUCCUUCCUGAAGAAGAGGCUGCCCGAAAUCAACCUGGAUGGCGUGGUGGGCUUCCGGGUGCUGGAAGUGCAGCUCAAAGGCGUUCAGGAGAAGUGGGCCUGGGACCCCCAGGUGCAGCCACUCGGCCUGCGUGCAGGGAAGCUGGCAGAAAAGCUGGCUCCUCUUCUCCACAGAUCCAUCUUCUACCUCAACCUGAGUGACCCGAAGUACCUAAGAGAGUUCCAGCCAGCCAUUGAGCCUGGGUUUUGGAAGCUCCCGCACAUCUGGACCCGCACCAGGGCCUCCAUGGUCUACUCCACGUUUGAGCAGCAGGACUCCUUCUCAGAGGAGCACAGUGACCUGUGCCUGGUGCAGCUGCUGGGAACCGGGACAAACAGCAGCCAGCCCUGCAGGCUCUCCGAUUUCUGCAAGACCCUCAUGACCAGGCCCGGCUGCUCUGGUUACUGCCUGUCUCACCAGCUGCUCUUCUUCCUCUCGGCCAGAAUGAGGGGAUGCACGAAGGGGCUGUUCCGCCAGAGCCAGCGCUACAUGAACCUCUUCUGUGCCAACAUGAUGGACCUGAACCGGAGAGCUGAGGCCAUCGGAUAUGCCUACCCCACCCGGGACCUCUUCAUGGAAAACAUCAUGUUCUGUGGGAUCGGUGGCUUCUCCGACUUCUACAAACUCCGGUGGCUGGAGGCCAUUCUCAGCUGGCAGAAGCCGCAGGAAGGAUGCUUUGGGAAGCCAGCUGCUGAAGAUGAAGAAUUACCCAAAGCCAUUCAGUACCAACAGCAUCUUUUGAGAAGAGUGAAGAGGCGAGAAAAACAAUUUACAGAUGGCUGCUCUUCCCACAACACGGCCAUGGCUGUCGCGGCCCUGGGUGGCUUCAUCUCCGUCCUGGCGGAACUCCCGCCAGCAGAUGGAGAGCUGCGGCCGCCCACACCGACACCACCCAGCAGCCACUGACAAGGAUGGUUCCACGCCUGCCACCCGCCAGGAAGGUGAAACGCAUGCCUUUCAUCAUUCCUUCCUUAGUCCUGGGGCCUGGGUCUCACCCUGAGAAGGAGGCAGCCGAAGCAAAGCAAUCCAGUGUCAUCCCCU